AAAGUGCAAAAAAGAACACUUUGAGUAUGAAUACGUGCAUACUCCGUACAAAUGUGAAGGUCCAUGUACAAAACGAAACAUUACUGCAUCGCAAAAGGUACCAUUCUGCUCCACACUUUCAUGUGCAUCGUUCAUUGGUAACGUUAGUUGCUUUGCUGAAAAUUCAUUUUGCAAGAAAGCAAGAAAAGAUGCUUUAGAGAAGAUCGCAAAAGUGAAAGCCGACGCAGCACACAUCGUUGCAACUGUAGACAAUGCAAGGCAAAAUUUUUCCUACUGGAAUAUGAAGAGAGAGAAGUUGUCCAUUAGAAUUCUUUCAGCUAAGCGUUCUUUUGAUGCAUACGAAGAGGCUGUGCGUAACCUUGAAAAAGCCUACAAUAUUACCAAAGAGAAUCGACUAAAGAAAAACCGUAUUUUGACCAAAACAAUGAUGUUGAAAAACUUUACAAGUGAACAAAGUCAAUCUCAUAUCAAAAUAACAGAUAUUGGUUUCGAGACGAAAGUAUUGCCACAACAAGAUACUAAUGUAUUACUUCUGAAUAUCAAGCUUCAGCUUAUUAAGAAAAAACAAGAAUUGUCAACAUUGCUGGAUUUCCAAAAUUUAAAGAGGUCGCUUCGCAGUAUUGCAAAGGAGAUUUUAGGAGAGUAUGUCGACGAAAAUGCCCAAGUUACUCGAAAAAAACGUUCUACCUUAAACAAGAAUGAUCUGAAUUUUGAAUUUUACACAUUACAAAGCUUCCACCGAUUAUGCUCAGAGUUUAGUAACUACAAAGAAACUUUGAGUGAAGUCGUGACAUCACUUUUUGAAAUGGCCAAAAAUCUCCAAAAGCUUCGCAAUGAGGAGUUGGAAAGGAAAAAAUCUUUGCUAAUCAACGGCAGCGCCAUUUUGGAAAACUUCAAUGUAAACGGAAAUAAAUAUGAUAUCGCUGUAAACUACGAUUCAUAUUUGAACGCACUUGAAACUGAUCCCGAGGUGUCUGAGGCAAAGAACGUUCAAAACGAAGCUCUCGAAAACGAGUUUGGUGCAGUCCGUUCGAGUUCAAUAUUAUUUAAUAAAAAUUGGUUAGCAACCAUGGAGAGCAUGUUCGCUGAAUACUCUGGAGAAUGCAGUGGUUUUGAAGAUUGCAUGAAGUACAUAUUUGACGGUUUAUUGGAUAUAACUAUCGGAUCAAGUGCACUGAAUGGGGAUAAAUUACGCGAACAAAUACUAAAUCUAGAGAGAAAAUUCUUUAAUCUAACCAGCAAAUCAGAUAUGUCGGUAAACGAGGCAGUACAUGUUUCAAGAGAUCUCUUGAGAGAUGUAAAGGACAUGAGUGGUGUUGAGGACGUUUGUGCGCAUGCUCCAAAUAUCACCCAACAGCCCGAACCGUUCACCGAGUUGGGUGUGAACGAGACACUUGUUUUAAGUUGCGGAGCUACAGGAGAUUUCCUUGUUUAUCAAUGGCGUUUCAAUGGCGAGGUUCUAACUAAUCAACGUACAAAUAUCUUACGAAUCAAUAACACGAGUCCAUCACAUUCUGGAAACUAUUCUUGUGAUGCAUCAAAUCACAUCGCAAAGGCAUCUUCAAUCGUUGCAGUUGUGGUUAUUGGCACUCCUCCGCUGAUUGUUGCCCACCCAAUUCGUCGUCUCAACGUUGUCUUAUCCGAAUAUUCCUCACUCCAUUGCAAAGUUGAAGAAGAUGCCCGCAAUACAUCUUUCCAGUGGUGGUUCAAGUCUCCAAACUCAAGUUCCUUUGUGUUAAUUCCAAAUGAGAAAUUUUCUUAUCUCAGCUUCGUUCCAGUAAAACUCCACAACGAAGGAUGGUAUUUCUGUAACGUCUCCAACUCGUUUGGUCACACCAUUUCAAAGUUGAGUUUUGUCCAGGUGUUAAAAUACAGUCUUCCAGUACCAGUUGCUAAACUAUCAUUAACCAUCAUAUCAAAAUAUCCAAGGAAUGAAACGUUGAUGAAUUAUCGUGAUGCUUUGGCAAACAACCUGGAAUCUCGCCUGGUUAUUUUGAAACAAAGGCUUACGUCAGGUGGUGAGUUGCUCAAAGAUCUACAUGCCACCGAAUGUAACAUUAUUACAGAGUAUAACGAUGAAUUAGAACGCACCCAAAUCUGCGAUUGGACUUUCCGAGUCUUCGGCGAGAACGUUACUUCAACAAAUAAAUUUAAAGGAAGUGCAGAAUCACAGGACGCAGAGAAAUUACUCAACGCAAGCUACAACCUGAAAAAUUAUUUUGUCGAACAAAUUGAUAACAACUUAAACGCAUUCAGGUUUAACUUCUUCUUGGGUAAUUCCAACCAUUCCACCAUGAGAAAUUCUUUGCGGGUAUUGGGGAUUUCUUUAAUCUGUCCUAAAGGCCAGUUCUUCGUUGACAAUGUCUAUAAAUGCGCUCAAUGUCCGCCAGGAUUCCAAGGCGUGCUGGUCAAUGGUACAGCAACAUGCGCUGUUUGUCCUCGUGGUUUCUAUCAAUCAAGACCCGGCGCAACAUUUUGCAAUAAGUGUCCUCAAGGAUUCACCACCGCUGGUGAAGGCGCAAUCGACGAAAAGCAAUGUGAAGAUAUUGACGAAUGCACAAUUGGAACUGGCAAAUGUGACGGCCAAGCAACGUGUAAUAAUACAAUUGGAUCGUACAGCUGUGGUUGCGACGUAGGUUAUGUUCAAAAUGAAACGAUGUGUGUAGAUGUUGACGAAUGUACACUUCAGACUGACAACUGUGGCAGUCAAGCAACGUGUAGUAAUACCAUUGGUUCAUUUACCUGCGACUGCAAUGAAGGUUAUUCAUGGAAGGGUAUCACGUGUGUGGAUGUUGACGAAUGCACACUUGGGACUGACAACUGUCACAGUCAAGCAACGUGUAGUAAUACCAUUGGAUCGUUUUCCUGCGACUGCAACGAAGGUUAUUCAGGAAAUGGAAUCACAUGUGUGGAUGUUGACGAAUGUACAAUCGGGGCUGACAACUGUGGCAGUCAAGCAACGUGUAGAAAUACCAUUGGAUCGUUUACCUGCAACUGCAAUGAAGGUUAUUCAGGAAAUGGAAUCUCAUGUGUGGACGUUGACGAAUGCACAAAUGGCAGUGAUAACUGUCACAGUCAAGCAACGUGUAGCAACACUAUGGGAUCGUUUAAAUGUACCUGCAAUGAAGGUUAUACUGGAAGCGGAACCACGUGCGUAGCCGAAAAGAAAUAUUUUCUUUAUCUAUACCUGGUGAAUGAGCAUCAUAAGGAUGCAAUUGUCACGAUAAACAUUUCUGGUCGGUUGGAAAAGAUUUACUUGAAAUCAACGACAACAAAAGUGAUUAGUAAGGUAUGGACGACUAGGAGUUGGUUGACUGCGAGUGCAGUCGAGGCUGGUACAUAUCGAGCCCUAGAAAUCAAUAGGCAAUCUGUUAUUCGCAUGGAACCAACGACGAUGAAGCACUUGUCAGUGAAAGCCCUCGUAAUUGGCAGUCGUACAUACUAGUUUAUGUUUGUUAAUUCACAUUAUUUUCUUCUUUGUAUUAUAUUUCAAUGUUUUAGAUUAAGCUUUAAAAUUUGCAAACUUGUUAUUCAAAGAAUAGGGAGCCCAGAAAUGUUUUCGUUCCCGUGGCACUCGCGCGUGCUCGCGAGUCUACUCCGUCUAUUAUUAUGACAUAUUAUUAUGUCAGAAUUAUGAAAUAAUAAAGGCCAAGUAGAUUCGCGUACACGCGUGAGCGCCACGAGAACGAAAACAUUUCUGGCGUGCAUGAGAGGAAAACCUUUUUUCCGAGUUUAACUUCAAUUUAAGCUAUUAGUUAGUUUAGAGGAAAUUAGUCUUUAAUUUCACCUAUUGUUAAUG